AUGCCUCCCCGGUCGGAGGGACUCGUCCGCCUGUUCGAUCGCGACGGCUACUACAGUGCGCAUGGACCCGACGCUCUCCUUAUCGCGGACCAGGUGUUCAAAACCCACAAUGUUUUAAAGUACUUGGGCAGUAGCCGCGCUAAGGACGGCGGCCUUCCCUCCGUGUCCGUGAGCAUGACGCUGGCGAAGGCUUUCCUCCGGGACUGUCUUACUGCGAGGCAGAUGCGUGUCGAGAUCUGGGAGCCUGAGACCGGCUCGACGGGCAAGCGUAAUCACACGCGUUGGAAGAUUGGCAAGACGGCGUCGCCUGGCAAUCUGUCCCAAGUUGAGGACCUCCUGUUCGCCCACGAGGACCUGCUCGCGAAUGCGGUCAGCAUGGCUAUCAAGAUCCAGCUCAAGGAAGGGCAGCGGAUAGUCGGCGCUGCCUUUGUCGACGUUCAGGAGAAGACGAUCGGUGUCUCGCAGUACGAGGACGAUGAUAACUUCAGCAACACGGAGAGUCUCCUGAUCCAGCUCGGCAUCAAGGAGUGUAUCGUGCAGGAGGACGAGAAGCGGAAGAAUAACGAUCUCACCAAGCUCAGGACUCUCGCGGAGCGGUGCGGCGUUAUCGUCACGGAGCAGAAGUCGAAGAGUUUCGAGGCAGGAAGCGUGGAGCAGGAUAUGGCGCGGUUGCUCGACGAGACGCACCCAGCUACGCUGCGUGAGUUGUAUGGCAUGUGCAUAAACUGA